AUGUCGAGUGAUCGGAAGAGGGACAGCAGCAGGAGCGGAGGAGAAGACGAUGAUUAUGAGGUGCGGGAGAUCCACGCUCUGACGCCGCCGUCGCCGCCGGCGAGGAGCGGCGCCGCCCGGUCGUCCUCCUUGUCGGAGAGCGAGGCCUCGAGUGAGCAGUUCACCACGAUGAGCAGGGAGUUCAACGCAUUAAUACUCGCAGGAUCCACCAUGCCGGUUGGCGACGAGGAAGCAGGCGGCUUGGGCCGAAUCCAGGAGGAGGCGGCGGUGGCGGAGACGAACCCGCUGGCCAUCGUCCCUGAUGGGCAUCCCUUUGAGGCGGUGCCCUCGCGCCGCCGCCUCACGGCGGCGCCGCCCGGCGAUGGCGCCGUGGAGGAGGUGUCGCUGGAGAUAGUGAAGAAAGAGGAGGUGGAGUCGAAGAUAUCGGCAUGGCAGACGGCGAAGGUGGCGAAGAUCAACAACAGGUUCAAGCGGGAGGACGUGACCAUCAACGGGUGGGAGAGCGAGCAGGUCGAGAAGGCCGCCGUCGUGCUCAAGAAAGUAGAGGUACGUCAAAAGCCCUCGUAAGCUCCUCAUCCUUCGUUGCAGAGGUUUGAUUAGUGGUGCAUAUGGUGGCGACGGUCUUGCAGAGAAAGCUGGAAGAGAAGAGGGCGAGGGCCUUGGAGAGAAUGCGGAAUGAAAUGGCGAAGGCGCGGAGGAAGGCAGAGGAGAAGCGGGCCUCCGCGGAGGCGAAGAGGGCGGGGAAGGUGGCGAGGGUUCUGGAUAUGGCGAACUUGAUGAGGGCCCUCGGCAGGUGCCCGUAG